AUGCAUGUUAUUCUUCGCCAUUGUGCACCUUCCGAGUGGGCGAAUGUGUCGUUUAAAAAGGAAUUGGCGGCAUUGUGCGCGACUCAACUUGGGCGUGAAGGUCAUCAUGAUGCUUUACACGCCACACUAUGUCUUCUUGAAACACUUAUUCUGAGGGAUGCGCUUGACAACUCUGCCGGUGACAUUUCAAAGGCGGAUGACGGGGAAGAGACACAUUGGGAGUUGUGUUUAUGUGAAUCGCUGCUGAUGUUAUUUGCGGACCGCGCGUUGGCAGCACUUAUAGGGGACGCGGUCUCUCCGUUAGGCGAACGUACGAAAAAGCAUUCAUCAGGAAGGGGUGUGAAUGAGAGUCAACCCCGUCACAGGGAUCCAACUUAUCAUUCGGCGCAGGACAGGCCGCAAUUUCUUCAGGGUAGGAAGAUGGCUACUCGUGACAUUUUUUGCAAUGUGACGACCGUUUCCUGUCUUGCCGCGCGCUGUUUACGUUUACUUGUGCAACACGCUCCAUAUUACCGAAAUGGGGCUUUUUAUCUCGUGCAGCAUCGUCCUUCUCUGUCGCGGCUGCUGGAGACGAGUGUACGGUUGGCGGCGUUCCAUGAAAUUCGCUGCCGAGAGGACGCCUCGGGCAGCGGCUAUGAUCGAGGCAUUUCAAAUUCUAUCGAUUUUGAGGGAGGCGGGGACGGAGUGAAUGUGGACGAGGUGUCGUUGGUGCUGGCGGUGGAAUUGGCGAUUCUGGUAGGACUUUGCCUUGCGCAAGACCCGAGGGCACGUCAGUUGGUUGCUGCAGAGUUCUGCAAUUAUCAUGUGGAGGCGCAGCAGAUGCGUUCCGCGCUUAUAUCGAAUCUGAAUCUUGUUUCCUUGUCGUACUUUGGCGAUGCGGCGAGUGGGGAUAUAUUUGAGAUUAUGGACGUCACCGGCGUGAGGUUGAACACGCUGGAUGCGGUCAUGUGGGACACACCGGACCGUCCUUCGCGAGCUGCUGUGCAUCGCCUCUUUACCACACAGGAAUCACGAUGGAACAAAGGUGAGCAGCGGAUAUUAUCUUUGUCGUCACGCAUAAAUGGCAAUAAGGAUUUGGCCGAUGCCAGUGAUGGUGAUGGUGGGAAACAGGGAAGGGCAAAUGAUGUUAACGCCACCAUGAAUAACAAUGGUAAUAAUGGGGAUAACAGGGAAGGGAAGACGAGAGGAGGGGAUAUGUAUGCAUUACUUCAGACCUCCGACCAUCAGCGACUUCAGCGUCUUACCUUCAUUGUGCUGAGCUAUGCCAUUCACUACACCUUCAAGGCUGCCACAGGGGACGCGGCUGCAGCCACGAGAUUUGCCGCUGCGUUUCGUGGAACGGCAGAUGACAGUCUACGCGAGUUACUUGCAACACUUCCAUCCCCAUCUUUUAAGACCACCUCAGCCGUGGAUGAGCAACGUCGUACUUCACGUGUGGCGUCUACCGCGGUUGCCACAGUGCCUGCGGCUGCGAUCCACGACUCCCGUGCCCAAAAGAAACUACGAUACUACGACGUGUACAUGUUGGAUGCGGGCAAACAAGUUCCGGAGGCAAAGGGGCAGAAGUCCUCAGCGAAGAAUUCAUUUCUUGUGCCUGCGCGACGGGGCCAACUCCAGAGGCCACGUGAUCGUCUCACAUCUUCUGCACCGAUGAGAGGUGCCUCCUCCUCUUCCUCCACCUCCACAACCACGGACGGUGAGGAGGAAAGUGUCAAAAAUGCGCCGGAUGGCCCGGCUCCCGUGACUGCGGAGGAUGCGCAUCUCAUCCUUCAGUUUCAUCGCGGUCUGCGACUCUUCCGCGAUCUUGCGCAGUUUUACAACACACACCCCACGUCCAUGCUAAGCCGCACCGCCGUGUACCAGGCGACGGAGGAGAAGGGAAUGGUCCGGCGCCAGGGCAAAUGUGAGGCGCAGCGCACGAUAGCAAAGAUCCUGCAGGAGGCGGAGGACGCCUCGUUGCUUUCACAACAGCCAACAACAACAACAACGACAACAGCGCAGCCACCGCAAAGGCAGCGGGGGCGUGUCACAAGUCUCGGUCUCAUCGGUGUGAAUACACGCUCUUGGUCGAUUAACGAACUGCAGGAGGGAGAUUUGUUUUACUUUUGCAUCCCGCACGCAAAACUCACAACGGAGGCACUGCAGUACACUCGACGUCGUGCUAUGAAGCACAUUCGCCACCUAAAAAAAGUAUUUGCCAUCACACCGCAGUCCGCUAAGUCGCGGCGCUGGCUUUUGCACGACGCCAUUGCAAACAUCAUGCCGGGCGUUGUACAUGCACUCUCGCAGUUCAUCCAAUGGUUUGACGUUUACGGCGAAGAAAAUGUGAAGCUGCCAAUUCUCAUUUAUUUUGAAGAUGAUAUUGGCCGUGAUGUUGACGAUAACAAAAAUAUGAGCGGUCCUCAACGAUAUUCACAGAAUGGAAACGGGCGAGAAGAUACACAUCCCGCGGAAAAGAAGCGGCGCAGUGGUGGUGGUGGUGGUGGCAGAAGCGCCGUCUUGCCUUCCGUGCCGUCUUCAAUGUUCCCACCGACACCGUCCCAUCCGCAGGGGCAAGGGGAUGCCUCGGUGGCUUCGUCGCUGCCGCGGGCAGAGGAAGUGGCACUUCAUGCAGGCAAUCUUAUUUCACUGCUGCAGCGAGUUGCCUUCUACCUACAGCGCCGAGAUCAGCUGCCGCACCCCGAAGACGGUUUGCGGUCGCGAGAAUUUUCAACCUUUGUUGCCUCUCCAAUGCCCCGGAAAGGGGAGGACACGGGGCAUCCAUCGUACACGUCCCCGUCCAUUACUGCGUUGCAGCAUGACACGGGAGGAGCCGGGACACCAAUAAGAGCAGUGAACAACUCCGCGUCUCCCUUAUCGACGGCACGAAAGUCGGUGUUCCUGCGUGAUAUUGAGCGGGAAAUUGAACGGCUACAAAAAUUAGAUGUUUUUGGAGAUGAAAACGGCACCGAAGCUGCGGGAGGUUUUCUUUUACCAGAAAUGGCUGUGAGUCCAUACGGCGACAUGUUGACGCCACAUGUCUUUGGAAAGAUUGACGGUUUUGGUCAAUAUGAGAACGAUGACGACAUAAUUGAGGAGGAUGAGGAGGAGUUUGAUGAACUGAAAGGAGGUGUAGAACGUUAA